AGGGGCUGUUGCGCCGGCGAGAGUGAUCGACGAACCUCUGGGGGGGAGCUGUUCUUGCGACUUUCCCAGCGAUGGCCGCGCUUGCCUCUGCGAUGAAGAUGUUGAAUGUGCUUGGUGUGGCUGGGUGUGCGGAGAGAGAUAAGGGCGAUGUGGCGGGCCGUCAGGCUCCCCGAGGCGAGACCAAGUCCAUGACGACUCCGUCCACGAGUGCAGGUACACCAAGCAGUAUAGCGAUCUCGGGCAGCAGCAUCUCGAGCCAGAGCAAUGUCCGCUGGGGGCAAAACAGCUGUUUGCCACCUGGCCAUUGGCUUCGAGAACAUGAAAGGUUUGCUUUUAGUCUCGAAGAUUUGGACUUGCUGGCUGUCUACUUGGAGCUCUCAAAGGUUCCCAGUAGCUUCGCCAGCGCCAAGAGUGCCAAGUUGCUGCUCUCGAUGCUCCGAUUCUUGAGAUCAUUGGACAUCCCUGUCCAGGACAUUUGCUGCUUGCUGGCUCAUGCGAGCAUCUACUUCAAGGAUAUCUAUGCAAUCAUCGGGCCGAACAUGAACCGCGACGAGCUGGCGAACGUGCUGGUGCUUCUAGUUUUCUUGGCUCACAGCCACGUGCACGACGAGACCUGCCAGUUGAAAGUGUGGCACCGGUACUUGUUCAAAGGCUAUUGCAACCUGCCCACCUUGAGCAAGGCUACGCUGGAGUUGAUGAAGAGGCGUGAUUACAAGCUCAGAGUGGAGGAUUACGACUUGGAAGUGGCGCUUCAGUGCUUCAAGAAGGUGGUCCGCUGGCAGAAGGAGGCCCCGGUCGAGGUGAUCCGGGAGAUCUGAGCGGACGGCGCCCACCGGUGAUCGGCGCUCCCAACAAAGGGCCGAGAUCGGAGGAAAUAGGGGGCGAC